UUUCUUGAUGCUCGCAGUUAAGUGGUCUCACCCCAACUCAGCAACACUCGCAGAAGGAGACCCGUCUUAACAGCGCCGAGAGACACGGACAGUAGAGUGCUGCCAAGGGACCGACAGAUUCGCGGAAGGAAGAGAAGAGGCAUUUCCCUCUUCAGCGCUAUUAAGGGCAUUAAUCUAAAACGCACGUAUCUGCUUGAAUAAAUACCCCGAACCAAAGCGUCAGCAAUAGCCUAGUUCAUGCGAUUCUGUGUGCGAAGGGAGAACGAGUAAACAGAUCAAAACCAAAAAACAGUAUACACCUCCUCUUGGAAAGUUCUACAGGUGUCUACACGGGCGACACAGGCAGCAGCUGUGCAUUGCACCUUUGCUCUUGGCCGAGGACCCGAAGUCCAACUUCGCCUUCUGCGACCGCUCGCCCAAAUCAGGCUAAUCGUGACACAGCGGAGAGGGGGACAAAACAACAAAAUUAGACAGAGAGAGACAGAGAGACAGAAAGGGACAGGCAACCCGCGAGACUCCAUUCGGUGAAGGAAAACCCGGCCCCUGGCGUAACAGUGUAUGAGAGAGAGAGAGGGAGAGAGAGAGAGCGUUUAAUAGAGCCGGCACAGGCAUGAUGUCUUACAUUAAGCAGCCUCAUUACGCCGUGAACGGGUUAACUCUGUCCGGCACGGGCAUGGACCUGCUACACUCCGCAGUAGGAUACCCGAACACCCCGCGGAAACAGCGCCGGGAGCGGACCACCUUCACUCGCGCGCAGCUGGACAUCCUGGAGGCGCUGUUCGCCAAGACGCGCUACCCUGACAUCUUCAUGAGGGAGGAGGUGGCCCUCAAAAUCAACCUGCCCGAAUCCCGCGUGCAGGUGUGGUUCAAGAAUCGACGCGCCAAAUGCCGCCAGCAGCAGCAGCAGAGCAGCGGGCAGUCCAAGCCCCGCCCGCCCAAAAAGAAAGCCUCCCCAGCCCGGGAGGCCGGCUCGGAGCCCAACGCCUCCGCCAACGGGCCCUACAGCCCAGUGCCGCCUCCCCCGGGCACCGCCAUCACCCCCAGCUCCAGCAGCGCCAGCGCCACCGUGUCCAUCUGGAGCCCGGCCUCCAUCUCACCGCUGCAGGACCCGCUGUCCGCCUCCACCACGCCCUGCAUGCAGCGCUCCACCGCCUACCCCAUGACCUACAGCCAGGCGCCGGCCUACAGCCAGAGCUACGGAGGCUCCUCCUCCUACUUCACCGGCCUGGACUGCAGCUCCUACCUCUCGCCCAUGCACCCGCAGCUGUCUGCCACAGGGGGCGCCCUCAGCCCCAUCUCUGCCUCCUCUAUGGGCGGGCCCCUGAGCCAGUCUCCGGCCUCCCUCUCCUCCCAGGGCUACACUGCCGCCUCCCUGGGCUUCGGCGCCGUCGACUGCCUGGACUACAAGGACCAAGCUGCCUCUUGGAAGCUCAACUUCAAUGCGGCAGACUGCCUGGACUACAAAGACCAGAACUCCUGGAAGUUCCAGGUCUUGUAGAGAAAUAUGAAGGGAGGAAGAGGAGAAGAGCAGGAGAGAAGUGAAGAGCAGAGAAGAGAACAACUGGAAAAAAUAAAACAAGCAAAAAUACUCAGAAGACUGGCAAAGGGUUGACAAAUUAUUUCAGUCCAUGAACGCCACAGACUGAGUACACUUUUCUUGAAAAAAGUUUUUGUUUUGUAUAACUGCUAUGCAUAAGUGUUAAAAUGCCUGGGUGUGUUAUUUUACAUAGAAGACAAAGACAUUUGUGCAGUUUGACUCUACAAGUUCUUUUCCAAAAGACCUGUAUCAAACUGUACUUUCAACAACAGGCAAAUAGACUAUUGAAUAUUAGUUUUGGUUUGUAGGGAUAGUUAAUUUUUUUUGCAAGAUAAAAGCUGUAAAAAAAACACAUUUACCACGAUUAAGAUUGCUAGAAACAUCACAUUUUUGAACAAUUAGCAAUAAUACAAUUAAAAAUAGAAUAUGAAAGCAAAAUCAUCAGCACAAGGUUGAAAUAUGCUUUUCAGCAUACACUGAUUGCUUUCAACCAACCAUAUAAUCCAUAUAAACAUUUGAAAAAGCAUAAAUCAGCAGGAUCAGUUAGAUAUUUGCAGGAUUGCAAAUGUGGAGAACAGGACUUCAGUACAGAAACCUCCAAUGGACUGAGGGGUUUAUAAUUUAUAACUUAUAUAUAGAUUAUAAAGGUGAAAACAAGGACAUUUUCAUCACCAAAUAAAAUGAACGUUAUCCUUAUACGUGAUCUUUAUGUGCGUAAUUAUGACUAAGAAGCCCAAGCAGUUUUGUAUUUAUAGAGUAAACUGGUCAAUCACAGUGUACAUGCAAUAGACAUGUAAAAGGUGAAAGCAGGGUAGGACAUGAUAGAAAAGCUUUUUUUUUUGUUUUUUUUAAUGAGCAUACAGCUGUAAAGGAUCAGCAUUUACAUGAGAUCAGCAUUUACAUGAUCAGUGCUUUCACGUCCUGCUCUCAUCUAGGUCUUCUUAAUGUCUUACAUUCCAUUUGUCAAAUUUUGUUGUGUUGGUUUGUUUAUGUACAAAGCUGCUUUUCUUGAUUAUAUAUAGUGAUACAGCUAUGAGCCAAAUGCACUGGUAGACAGCCAUGUGCAUGGAAGAGCUGGGGGCUGGAAGGGGGGGGUGGUCAGGUCCUCCUAUUUUAGCAAGAGAGGACUCAAGAGAGGGUGAAAAACUGAUGGGACAUACUCUGGGACAGAGUGGCACAGAGAACAGUGUGACUGUUUUUACUGCAUCGCCCUGGACCAACAUGAACUCCAGAGGGGGAUGGAGGGGAGGAGGAGGGGGGGGAGGGAGGUGUGCGGGAAGGGAGUAAGCCUCUUGUCCCAGACGCUUUGAUGCAUUACACAGUGGAAGUACUAGUGUAUUUGCACAGCAUUCUGGGAUACCCAAGGAGGACAAAAGAAGCACCUUUCAUGCUUCCAUCACAUCCCAUGUUUCAGAACUCUGAAGCGUCCCAUACUUAAGUACUGAAUCUACCCUUGAUGACUUAAAUAACCCUGCUGCCGAACACUGUAUUUAUGAAAUGUUUGCUAGACAGAAAUCAUGAUGAAAGAGAAGGGAAAAGCCAUAGCUGCUUUACCUUUGCACAGAAAGUGUGUAGUUUCUCUAAGUCACUACCAGCAAAUGAGUGAGGGGCACUGUUACGUGUUAAUGUAUUAUUUAAGUUUUUUAGUCUUUUAACAGUUUCAUGUUACUUUAAAUUUGUGAGUCCUUUUGAGUAAAAUUGUGAUCAUUUGUUUGAAGUUAAUAUUCUUAUAAUUAUUGUUAUUACUAUUAUUAUUACUAGUAAUAUUCUACAACUUUCAUUAAAAUUACUGUUAUUUCUUUUUUGUUUAAUUUUGUGAAUAUUAAACUUGACUUGAAAAAAAAAAUGCAAUCAUCUCAACAAUGUUACACAGACAAGACACAACACACAACUGAACAAGAAUCUUUUUCGUAAUGUCUAGAAAACUGCCAACUUUUUAUUUUUCUGUUUUAUGGUUUCUAAUCUUUCUUUUCCAAGCAGUGUUUUUCAAACUCAGGGGUUUAUAAUAAUAUAGAUAGCAACAUUAGGUAAACAAUGCUGUAAUAGCUGUUAAUCAUUAAAUUGAACCUAUGCCCAUUUU